AUGGUUAAAAUUGAUGGAAGGAUUAAGAAGGAGGUAGAAAGGUUUUUAUCGAUGGAAGAUUUUCAUUAUAGCGUGAUUUUUGAGAAAGAACCAAGAGAAACGAGUAUUUUUAUUGGAAAUAAAGUAAUAGAAAGUGAUAUAACGGAUUCUAAAAGAUCAUAUGCAUUAAAGGAUGAUUUAUUAAUGGAAUGCAAAGAAGUUUUAGUCAAAAUAAACGCAAUAUUUAACCAUGAUAACCAAGACUAUUCAGGGUCGCAAUUAAAAGAAGAAAAAAUCGAACAUAAACCUCAAUUGUACCCUCCAAUCAAGUUAAAAUCUAAAUAUAUUGGGCACGAUAAGAUUCUCACCACUGAAAUAGUUUCAGAAGAUGAGGAUACUCAACAAUACUAUUGUGAAUUAAUCUAUAUUAGUGAUAAUAACAAUAGUAGUGAUUUUGUCGAUAAUAAUGUGGCUUAUCAUGAAAUUAUUGACGUGGAAACUUUAAAAAGUACAUUAUGGGAAAUUAAUACAGAAGAAAAAUCAAUACCUGGUCCGGGCGGCGAAUAUAAAGUACGCGUUUCAGCAAGGGCGGAUAACUGUAAAAAUAGUGAAUUUAAGUAUACAGAUGAAAUAAUAUUUCGAAUGACUCCACCUCUAUCUGUAGAAUUUACACACUUUUACGAUUAUAAUAUUGAUUAUCUUGAAAUUUUAGUAAAAGAUACAACAAAUCAACCACAGCCAUCGCUCGGAUACACUUAUCAAGUUAUAAAUAGUGAUGAUAAUGUUAUUUACACUUCAUCAACUAACGAUAUUCCAAAUUUAAACUUAGAUAUAAUAAGAAAUAGAUCAGAAAAUUUUGCAUUAAAGAAUUUUAUUCGUGUGAAGGGUAUUGCAAUAGAUGAAUCCAAUUGGAUGGACUCAAGUUAUACAACUAGCAAAUCCUUUAAAUUUUUCUCUCAAGUAAAUAAUAUCAAAGGAUCAUAUGAUAUAGAUAAUAACGUGUUGAAAAUUUCAUGGGAUCCAGUUGAAAAUGCUAAAAAAUAUGAAGUUACUUUAUAUUGUGAUGAAAGAAGGUUAGCAACAGACCUUACCUCAAAAACUCUUACCAGUUUUGAUAUCUGGAAGUUUGAAGAAAAAAUCGAAUCAUAUUCGAGAUAUUCUUACACUCCCUACAUAUCUUAUACUUUUGCGAUUCAAGCAAAAAAUAAACUUAUAGAAGAACGAAUAGACUUUUUUGAUGGACCAGUAACUGAUGCUGAAAAAGAUUUCAAACAACUUCCAAAACCUACUAACAUUAUUAUGAAAAAGAAAUCAGAUAGACUUAAUGUCUCCUAUAAACCGAUAACAUUUUCAGAAACAUCAAAUAUUUUCAAAGGAUACAAGGUUAAAUUAUAUAAAGUUCGACCAAAGAAUGAAUAUUCAGUAGCUGAACUAUCAACAAAUAAUCAUUUAGUAGCUGAAUCACCUUUAAUUGAGUCUAGCUAUUAUGACUUUAUUAUUAAAGAUAUUAAAUUUGAAGAAAAUAGGAAUUACCAAGUUGAAGUGGAAGCUGAAGUGUAUGCAGUUGUAAAAAAUGAUCAAGCGAUAAAUAGUUUUCCAGAAAAAUCAACUAGAACUAUAAAAUUUUUACCAUCACCAAAGGAUUUGCAAAUAUCGGCUAAAGCCAAUGAAUCUCACGAGCCAACGUUUGUAGUUUCUUGCGCUUUUAAUUCAGAAAUCCCAAAGUAUGUAUUGGGUGUUAUAAAUACAAAGACAGAAAAAACCGUUCAAAGCACAAUUGAAGACUGUUCUCCUUCAAGAAGAGUUGAACAAAAAUUCCAUAAUAAUUCUGAUUUACUUGACUCAUCGGACUCAUCAGAAAUCGUCAAAUUUCGUGCUUUUACACAAGCAAUUGGCGAUGAUGAUCAAAUUGAUAGCGAUAUUUUAAUGUCAGUUUCCGAAAUUAUUCAAUGCGCAGCACCUAAAAAUGUCACAUACGCGUAUAAUAAUAAUCUAUUUUUUGGUCAUGAGUUUAAAGUAAUGUCUGAAGUGCCUGAAGGCUCUAAAGGUUAUUACGAGAUUCAAAUCAUUAAACUCCUCAAUAAUUAUAAUGAUUAUAUUAUUAUUGAAAAAAAGGAAACCAAAGAAAAGGAAGAUAUAAUUAUUAUUAAAAGAUUGGACAAAGGCAUAUAUAAAGUACGUGUACGACAAAUUCCGUAUGAACCUGAUUGGUCAAUUUCCAGCAAUUGGAAACCAUUGCUUGGAAAAUCUUCGAUUACUGAUAAUCUUUUGAUGAUGUAUUAUAAUACCUUGAAUACAAUGUUGGGAAAUUAUGAAAGUGGUUACUGA